GAUUAGUUGUGUUGGUCUGACAGAGGGAUGCCCUGAGAUAAACACAUUGCACGCUAUCAAGAUAUUGCUGUUUGUUCCUCUCCCUCCCAGAUUCAGACAGCACCUCAUGAAUAACCAAUCACCCAGAUGGUUACCCUCAAAGUGAUGCGGCUUACAAAGCCGACAUUGAUGCCCUUUCAUCCAAUCCAGUGCGAGUCACGUGAUCUGUGUGGCGAUCAGUUCCUGCAGCAGAACAACCUUGACCUUGCAAAGCCACGGGGUCUAGAAUGCUUUCCUCUGGGAGACAUGCUGACAUUGCCGCAGAAUUUUGGGAACAUCUUCCUCGGUGAGACAUUCUCCAGCUACAUCAGCGUCCACAAUGACUGCGAUCAGAUCUGCCGGGACAUCGUCCUCAAGGCAGACCUGCAGACCAGCUCCCAGCGACUGUCGCUGUCCAGCAUCAACUCUCAGCCAAUCAUGGAGCUCCUGCCGGACCACAGCAUCGAUGACGUCAUACACCAUGAGGUCAAGGAGCUUGGCACGCACAUCUUGGUGUGUGCUGUCAGCUAUACGCCACAGUCGGGGGAAAAGUUGCAGUUCCGGAAGUUCUUCAAGUUUCAGGUGCUGAAACCACUUGAUGUCAAAACCAAGUUUUACAAUGCCGAGGACUUUUUAGCUAACUUGGAUUCUGACGAGGUUUACCUGGAGGCUCAGAUCCAGAACAUCACCCCCGGACCGAUCUACAUGGACCACGUCAGUCUGGAGCCGUCACCACAGUACCAUGUGAAGGAGCUCAACUCUGUCACUCCAGACACAGGGAUGAAGCAGGUGUUUGGCAAAGCCAACUACUUGAACCAAAUGGACACCCGCCAGUACCUGUACUGUCUGUCACCUCGACCGGAGCUGUACUCGGAGAACAAGGUGCUCAAGGGAGUCACCAACAUUGGCAAGCUUGAUAUUGUGUGGAAGACAAACCUCGGGGAGAAGGGGCGACUGCAGACCAGCCAGCUCCAGAGAGUGGCUCCUGGGUUUGGUGACAUCCGUCUGACAGUGGAGUCUGUCCCGGACACUGUGGCGCUAGAGGGGACCUUCGCUCUCACGUGCAGGAUCACAAACUGCUGUGAGAGGACAAUGGACCUGACACUGGCUCUCCAGAACCAGGGCGUGACGGGUCUCAUGUGGUGUGGCAUCUCGGGGAAACAGCUGGGAAAGCUGCAGCAGAAUGACAGCAUGGACAUUCCCCUCACCAUGCUGGCCACCAUUCCGGGACUCCAGACAAUAUCAGGCCUGCGACUUACAGACAACUUCUUGAAGCGCACCUAUGAACAUGAUGAGAUAGCUCAGGUGUUUGUAGUCGACGAUGCAUCACUCAGAUAGAUGCUCAGGACCAACACCUCUUAUUUAAUAUGUGUGAUUAUAGCAAAGUAAAAUUUGUCAAUGUUACUUGAAAAUUUACAUUAAAACAUAUUGUAUAUGAUUGAUUUAAGAUAUGGUUUCUGGCAGUGUCAUUGUACUGUCAGAUCAUCCUUCAUGUUGUAAAAGUGUAAAAGGAUAAUCUGAGUGUCCAGGUGAGAACUGAAUGUCACUGAUUGGGGAGAAGUUGUCCUACAAAUAGUGUCUGAUAUUGCCAUGACAUAUCACUGUUUCAAGUAAACGCAGACAAAAACACAUUUCAAUAAGUUGUUAAUCAGAGUUUGGUCACUGUCUGAAAUUACUCAGUAUCUCAAUAAAAUUUUUUAGUCGUAUACUACUGGUUGUGUAUAUCAUGACUAGUAGUUUAUAUCAUCAUCCUUACAGGAAGUAACUUUUACCUCGAUUGAUAAAUCUCUGUGGAAGAGAGGGAAAACAGGAGUGACUAGUUUAAUGACGACACACAGACAGACGCAUAAGGGUGGGCGGGCAGGCGGUCAGUGGUUCCAGUGCUGUGCUAUUAAUAGAUGAACCAUGGGACUGAGUUCUCUGCCAUUCGUCAGCACUCGCAUGUUUCCGUAAGCUAUAAGGUCUAAUUUCAGCUUGCCCCAGAAUGGAACAAGUUGGUCACGAAUGAUACCUUCCAUAAUAAAUGGGGAAUAAAUUAUUGUGAUAGAUGAAAACAAUGAUGUUAUAUUCUUUGAAGUACACAGUGCUCUAAUAACCUGUUUCACUACCUAUAUCAAGGGUAAUAUAUGCACUGAACUAAACAUCAAGCCUUACUUCAAGUUGGUCAAUGGCAGAGUGCAAUAUGAAAUAUUCUGGAUUAAAAUUGUUGGGUACUCCAAUGUUUAACAGGUCUAAGAAUACCUUCAUGAGAGAAAGUUGAAAACUUGCUGCCUCACUGAUAGUGGACAAGAAUGAUGAAGCAGUCAGAUGUGGUGGGUGAUGAGGAUGUCUGGUGUAUAUAAGCUGUACAUAGAGGUGUAUGUAAAUAUUGUCACCAACCCAGUCUGUCAUGCGAACAGCUGUAAGCGUCAUGUACAACACAUGGUUGAAUAAAGACAGCAUUGUGGAACA